AUGGGCGUCCGUGAAGAUAAGUGGAAAUGGGUUGGGAAGGUUUUGGGACCGACAGACUGGUUCUCCCUGUUCCUCGUAAGCUGGCAUCAGGGCCCAUCUUCCGGGCUACUGGAGACGCACAGAACAGAAACCACCCGUACUAAAAAGGUACAAAUGAAAACCGGCAAGUCACAUAGGAAGGAAAUAGAAGCUAAAAGGGAAGCCCGUCAAAGACAACCUUCUUUGGCUUUGAAACGACAAAAAAUUGAAGAGGCGAAAAAAGCUAGAAAAAUUUUUGACCACAGUUUGCGUGAAGCAAGUACUGAGCAAUGGAAUAAAUAUUUGUCUAGUUUAGAAGGAAAUGACAUUUGGAAGAUUUUGAAGUAUAUUAAUCCAAAAAGCAAUGAUACCAUUAUACCACAAAUUAGAAAAGAAGAUGGAACUCUCACUACUACUGUUGACGAAAAAAGACAUGAAAUAUGGAAGGCACUUCUACCUGAAAUUGAUCAUGGUCUUGAUAGAGAGUUUGAAAUUGACGACGAUUCUCGAUGGCCAAAAUUAGAGUUUGAUGAAGUUGACUCUGCAUUGGCUGAUACCCCAAAUGAUAAAGCUCCAGGAGACGAUGGAAUUACUGGCAAAGUUUUAAAGAUGGCAUGGCUGAAUAAAGACUUUAAGGAAAGGUUUUUCAAGCUUCUCCAAGCUUGUGUGAAGUUUGGAUACCACCCAAAAGUCUGGAGACAUGGCAUUAUUGUUGUUAUACCUAAACCUAAGAAACCUGACUAUUCAAAGCCAAGAGCAUACCGACCAAUUUCCUUACUUAAGAUUCCAUCUAAAGUACUGGAAAAAUUAUACAAAAAGAAUGACCAAGCUUACAACACACUUACUUCCACCAGAGCAAUAUGGGGAAGACAAGGUUAUUGUGCUACUGAUGCUGUUUUGGAACUUGUCCAAAGAAUUGAAACUAGUAAAGAAAAAAAACUUUCAGCUAUGCUCAUUGAUAUUCAAGGAGCUUUUGAUAAUGUCAACAGAAAUUUAUUGGCAGACACAAUGGAGGAUAUGAAACUACCCAAAGCACUUAUAAACUGGACAUACCAAUUUUGCAACUUACUUUUACCUAAUGGAGAACUUCGUGAACCCCAGAAGGAAGUUAAAUUGCUUGGAAUUACUUUGAACAAUCUGCUUGAUUUUAAAUCACAUAUUUUGAAUAAAAUCAAUAAAGCAAGAAAAGCUGUUGGUGCUAUUUGGCAUCUUGGUGGCGUGCAAAAAGGUAUGCGAGGGUCUGCAGUCAGAUCACUGUAUAUUGCUUGCGUGAGACCAAUUGUUGAAUAUGGCUUAGAAAUUUGGCAUCAUAAAAUCUUGAAAGGAGAAAUCCACAAGUUGGAAGUGAUGCAGAACAUGGCUUUAAGAAGAAUUGUUGGUGCUUAUCGCACAACUCCUAUUGCGGUACUACAAAAGGAAGCUGGUAUUAUGCCAUAUAGUAUUAGGCUAAAAUUUAUGGUGGCACGAAAAGCUAUUCGUUUACACCUAAAUAUUAGCAAAACUAAUCCUAUUAAUGGUCAUUUGUUAACAUUGAUUGAGAAAUCUCCAAUUGCAAAGCUAACCACGCUUUACAUGUUGGCGAAAGAUGAUAGAGACUAUAUGAUUAAAAAGGAUGAAAAACGAAAAUGCAAGAGGGUUGAACCUCUUACACUGAAACAACAACAAAAUCAGACGAUUGGAAUUUUGAAGAAACAAGCAAUGGAAUAA